ACUAUAGUGGGUAUUGAUAAAGCCGCUCACAGCAGCGGCAAGAACUGGAAGUUGUGGUUGGGAGCAUUUGUGAUAUGAGGCACCGGCAGCAGCGCAUGAGUGGCAGCAGCAAGGGAGGGGUCUCAGCAGCAGCCUGUGGUGGGGGGAGAGGGGAUUCGGGGAAUGAGGCACAGGUGGCAGCAGCAAGGCAGGGGUCUCAGCCGCAGCCUAGGGUGGGGGGAGGGAUUCGGGGAAUGAGGCACAGGUGGCAGCAGCAAGCGAGGGGUCUCAGCAGCAGCUUCGGGUGGGGGGAGAGGGGAUUUGGGGAAUGAGGCACAGGUGGCAGCAGCAAGGCAGGGGUCUCAGCAGCAGCCUUGGGGGGGAGGGGGGAGAGGGGAUAUGGAGAAUGAGGCACAGGUGGCAGCAGCGAGGGAGGGGUCUCAGCAGCAGCCUGUGGUGUGGGGGGGGGGGGGGGGAGGGGGGGUUGUGGGAUGAACGAACCACAAGCAGCAGCAGGGCCAGACUCAUACCUUGGUGGUUAGCUAGGUUUAUCAUAGCUGCAGCGGCAGCGGUGGGAGUAGGU